CAUCCACUAGAAGUUCAUUCUCUUUCGCCACACUCAUGAAACAUCUUGUGGGAGCACAUUAUCAGCUAGAAUAAAGUGUUUAAAAUGCCGCCUAAGAAAGGGCAGCAGCCCAACAAGAAAACUGAACAGAAGAAGAAAGACAAAAUUAUUGAGGAUAAAACAUUUGGUUUAAAAAACAAGAAAGGAUCAAAGAACCAGAAGUAUAUUCAGACUGUAACAAAACAAGUUCAAUAUGGAAACCAAAAAGCCUCAAGGGUGGAUGAAUUACAACAGAACAAAAACAAGAAGGAAGAAAAGAAGAAAGAACAGGAAGAAUUAAACAAGUUGUUUAAGCCUGUAACUGCAGCACAAAAAGUUGCCAAAGGUGUUGAUCCAAAGUCUGUCUUGUGUGCAUUCUUCAAGCAAGGGCAGUGUAAGAAAGGUGAUAAGUGCAAGUUUUCCCAUGAUAUAACAAUACAAAGAAAAGCAGAGAAGAGAAGUAUGUACGAGGAUGAAAGGGAUGAGAAAGAAAAAGAUACUAUGGACAAUUGGGAUGAUGAAAAAUUAAAGGAUGUUGUCAAUCAAAAGCAUGGUGAAGCAGAGACUAAAACACCUAAAACAGAUAAAGUUUGCAAGUUCUUCCUUCAAGCUAUUGAGGAUUGCAAGUAUGGAUGGUUUUGGAUCUGUCCAAAUGGUGGUGACAAGUGUAUGUAUAAACACGCACUUCCACAAGGAUUUGUGCUCAAGAAAAAUAAAAAGACAGAAGAUGAUGAUGAUGAGGAGAAGAUAUCUCUGGAGGAGCUGAUUGAGGAAGAGCGGGCCAAACUUGCUUCUUCCAAUCUUACCAAACUCACAUUGGAAAGUUUUACUGCUUGGAAGAAAAGGAAGAUAGCUGAGAAAAAGAGGAAUUUUGAGGAAAAGAUGACAAAGAAAAAGAAUGACUUCAAGCAAGGAAAAGCUCUUGGGCUUAGUGGAAGAGAGGUCUUUGAGUUCAAGCCAGAAUUAGCUGAUGCAGAUGACGAGGGAGCAGAUGAUACCAAAUAUGAAAGGGAAGUAGAAGAUGAGGAAGAAGUGGACACUGGUCCAGUAAAAGAAAUCACAUUAGAAGCAAUGGGUAGCUUGGCAACAGAAGUAGACAACACUGGUACUAUUUCAAGUGGUUCUCAACGUGAAGGACCAGUUAGUGCUACAAUGGAAAAUAGUUUACCUGGUGCAAGUCAAAUGGAAGAUGAAUCGUCAAAGCUAGGAAUGGCCGGAGCAUUGCCUUCAGAUGCAACUCAAGUUAAUGGUGUACCAAUUGAUGAGGGAGUAUUCGCUGGUGAAGAUGUGCCCGUUGAUGAAGAUUUAUUCACAAAUGAACUUGACGAUUUAGAUGACGAAUUAGAUGGGAUAGAUUUGGACGAUUGAUGUGAAAGUACGGGAUGGGUUGUGGCAUUGGAAUAAACAUGUAAAGUGGAAAGUGACACAUGUCGAAAUGAGAAAUUUUUUAAUAAAUAUUUAAAUAUCAUUUAUUGAUUGUAAUACAUCAUGAAUAAAGUGUUGUUGCUAUUACAUCCAUCACUGUGCCCGUAAUAAAGGGACAGAUUUUCAUAAUUUGGCAUUUACUUUAAAUCUAAUACAAAACACAUAACGUGUUGCAUGUCAACAUAAAUUUUGUUUGGCUAGUGCAUAUAUUUGUCUAUUAACCUGGUGGUCAUGAGAGUAAAUCAUCAGUUCAGCAGGUGGUAACUAUUUUAUUGUGUGUUAACUUCUUGCUUGAUGUAUAAGUUACCAGAAAAAUACUGAAAUACUGCACUCAAUGAAAAAAAAAAUUGUCAAAUAUAUUAUAUACACCCAAAAACCUGCUUUGUUAUGUGUGAAGAUAAUUUUAUUUCUUAGGAAAAGUAUGAAAUAAAUACCCAAACGUCACAAAAAAA